UCAUAAGUGGGUUAAACAGAAAUGGAUGAAGCAAGUUCUAAGAAUGUAUUACUAAAAUCACAAUACAAAUAUAACGAUCAAAUUUGUCCUUUGGAAAAUACAAUAGAUGAUAAUGAACAUGAUUGGUGGGCAAGUGACAGUGGAUCAAGUACUGGUUCAUAUUAUUCAGACACAGAUAGUUCCACAGCAGAGUGGGAAUCGGAAAUCAACCCUAAUGGAGAACUGUUUUAUGUAGAAUCUGCAUUAGAUAACAUAAAUGAUGAACAAUUUUCAUUUAAUGAAAUAAAACGAGAUUCUCAGCCAGAAUUGAUACGGCGUCGUAGCACAAGAGCUGGAAAACUCAUGAAACUUAUAAGACGCAAGGAAAGUAAACGUUUGAGCACAAGAAAUAAAAAAAGCAAUCUGAAUACCACAGUAAACAAUAUAGGAAGUUCAGGAAAAGAAGGAAAUACAACUAAAGAAGUCACUUUCAGAGAUUUUCAAGCAGGAGAAAUUCGAGAAGUUACACUAUGGGUUGAUCCAAAUAGAAGACAUAAAUUAGGAAGAAGAGCUACACUGUGCGAAGCAUAUUUUGGAAUUAUACCAGGAGUGUUUUCAGAUAAAACACGAAUUAUGGUUGCUGGAUUUAUACCAGAUGGAGAAGCAAUGAAGAAUAGAAAUAUUAAAAUUGGUGAUUGGUUGCGAAGUGUAAAUUCAAAUAAUGUUACAUAUCAAAAUUUAGAUCACAUAUUAUCUGAGAUAACUAUUUCAACAAAUGUAACAUUAGAAUUACAAAGGGUUGCAGGUGUUGAUGUUACAGCAACAUUGUCUGGAUUAAAUUGUCCAAAGCAAUCUGUGUUAGUACAAAGACUAAUGAAUAGGGAAGAAAGUAAAGAUUUGAUGCAGUCCAUAAUAGAUUAUCCACUUGGUGUAUUGUAUCUACGAACUACAGAACUUUCAGAAAUGGGACCAGAACUACAAGGUGUUCUAUAUACAUUUCCUCGAUCUGAAAAUAAAAAUAUACACUCUAUUUUAUGUACAGCAAGAGGAGCUUUUAUAACUCUUAAUCAUUUAUUACCAGGAAUAGGAGGUCAACAGCCUACUAGUACAACAAUACAGGUAGCAGAAGAGGAAAUUCACAUUGUCUAUACACCUCAAAAUGAUGAGUUACUUCUAGUAGCAUUGCCAAAAAAGUGUUGCAGUGUUGAAGAAGCUGUUAAUUUAUCGGGCGAUAUAGUUAGAACUUUAGAAUUUACAUACCAAUCAUUAACAGAAUGUUUUACACUUCAAGAAAAUCACUCUUCUUUAGAUCAUUUUUUUAUUUUAAUUAUUGAACAGUUAUUAGAUAUAAAAAGUUAUGUGAAUAAUUCGGGAUUAACUACUUCUUGCAUGGAAAUUCAUAAUAAUAUUGAAAGUAUGGAAAGUUACAAAUUUAGGAGUACCUUUUCAGUUGCAAAUUUUAUAGAAUUAUCAAGAGAUGCACAAAUUCAGAUUGAUGCUGCUUUGAGUGAAAUGGAAGCUAUGGAUUACAGAGAUUGGAAUGAAGAUCCUAUGAAUUGUCAAAGGCUAUAUACAAUUUUAGGUAGUUGUAUUUAUCAUAAACAUUAUCUCCUUGGAUCUCAUUUAACACAUAAAGAUUUGAUCGACAUAGAAUCUUACCUGAGACAAAAUUGUCUUUUAAAUUUGAUAAAUAAUGAACCUGUAAAGAGUCUUGUUAUCUGGAAAAAAGUAUACCCUUCUUCCUGUAAUCGUGGAGAUAUAGAAAAUAAUAAAAACAAUGAACCACUUGUACCCGAUGGAAAAUGGUACUUACUUGUCGUUGGAUAUGGACAUGAUUUAUUGGCAGUCCUUUUAGAAUCUGGUGGAUGUACAGCAAAACAUAGUGAAACUAUUGGCCCUGAUGUAUUUUACGUAGAAGAAGCUCAAGAAACUCUAAAGCAUAUACAAAAAAUAGGAGUGACAACAUUAGCAGCCAAGUGGAUUGAAUCUAACACUAGACCAGAAGUAAUAGCUUAUGAAGAUCCUGUUUCUGUGAAGUCAUCAUCUAGUAUCACAGAAAAUCUUCUAGGUUUUAUAAAGUCGACAGAUGUACAAAAUUUAAACGUGAAAUCGUCUUAUACUUCAAGUGGUAAUAAAAGAACUCAAGAAAUACCUUCAAUUUUAAAAAAACGUAAUGUAGAAGAAUGUCCCGUGGUCUUGGGAUCUGUAUAUUCUUUGCAUACAUCAGAAGAUUCUUUAAGUCAAGGAACAGGUGGAGUUAGUGAAAUAAGUGAUGAAGCAAUGCCUAUAUUAGGAAGACGUGUAACAAGAGAAAAAAUUGUUAGUAGAUCAAGGUAUUCUGACGAUAGUGACUCUGAUAUUGAUAUAUAUAAAAGUGACUGUCGAAUGUUGAGCAUGGAUAUAUCUAAUAUAAGAGAAAAUCUAUUAAAUCAAGCUGAAUAUUUAGCAUCAAAGGUAUUAACAACAGGUGAUAAGAAUUAUUUAUAUCACUAUGUACAUUUAGAUAUGGUUGAAGGAAUUCUUUUAUCCUCAAAGCCAUUAGAACAUUCAGGAAAGGAUCAUGCUUUUCUUGUUAAUUUUAACAGAUGUGUUCAUAUUAUUCACAAAUUGUUAUAUAAUACAGUAAGGUUUAAAACAAUGUUAAAUUCAGAUAUGGAUAAAACUGUAAUUAAUAAGAGUUUAAUUGCUGUUAAAGAAUACGGUGUCUUAUUUGAAUGGGAAAAUCUAACUUACUGGGUUGUUGGUCGAUUGCAUACAACACCUCAUCCAAAGGAGCUGUAUGUGUGUUAUCAGGAUUCGGCACCACAAAAUUUAAUUGAAAUGGCAUUUAAGUUACAUUCAUUGCACGCGCUAACAUAA